CAAAAUCUAGAAAAUACUGUGGAUGCCUGUGCAUACAAUUUACGUGACGGAGGUACUAGCGUCGAUAUUACUUCUCUUCUUCAAGUUGAUCUGAUUGCCAAAGGAAUAUUCCAGAAUGUGGAUUGUCUGGGUCUACUCAACGCACGUUCCGUCUCUACCGCAUGGCAAGAGGCAGUCGACAAUGCAAGAGUUUGGAAAAUUGUUCUUGAUAAAGACGUAAAUUGGAAGAAAAUGUACAAAGUCUUGAUUAAGAAAGGUUUCGCAACCGAGACGACAGAGGAUGACAACUAUUCAGAAUUUUACCUUGAUCUCUAUCGAAAUAUCCGGGAUAAUUUGAAGUCUCUGGAGAAAAACUGGAUAACAAAGACGGCCUAUCAACGGGUAAAAAAAUUGCCUUAUGCAGGAUUUGUAGAGCAUCUAAAUUUCAAAGUAAAACUGAGCGACCAGUACAUCGUAACACGUCAAAGUCCCCAGACGAUCGAGAUCUUUAAUAGAUGGACUUUGCAGUCGGAAAGUAUUUUCGAUAUUGGAGUCGAUAGUCACAGAGCUAUGAUGAAAUCUAUCGAUUUGACUAGCGAAUAUCUUGCUCUUGGAUGCAAUCGUGGAAAAAUCUUCGUAUUUUGUAUGAAAACAAAAGAAUUGCUUCACAAACUUAUAGACGAUCCAGCCUUAUUAAACUGUGAAAGCUUCGCUCAGGACGUCAUGGCAAGCAGGGUGGAUUGCAGUUACUUGCGGUUUAGUCCAUCAGGAAAAACGCUGUUGUCGUGUAUUACCAACAACAGUUGUCAGUACGAAACCCUCUCGUUGCGGAAGAUAAUAUCGCCCCGAGAGUGGAAAAUAACGCACCAACAGACUAUUCACCAGUUUAAUGUGCGCCGAGUUCAAAUGGAUGACUCCUAUAUUUACCUACAAGGUGGCAAUAAUAAAGGGAUUCAAGUUCGAUCAGCAAGUUCGCUUGAACUGAUUAAUACCAUCGCCGAAUCCGAAGCUUUUAUUAAAAGUUUUCAACCCUACGAUCGGUGGAUUAUUAUUGCUGGCCGUGAACAAAUCAGUUUAUGGGACAUCGAACUUGGAACAUGCAUUCGACAAUGCCAAAUGAAUCAAACCGAUGGAGAUAUCAAAACCAUUGGGCUGGUAGGCGAAAAAUACAUAAUUAGUUGCCACGUGAAUUGUUGGUCUUCCGACUUUUUCCUGUUAGGGGUGAACGUUUGGGAUCUUGAGUCGUUAAUCAAUUCUCAAAAAGAAACAUUGAAGCCAACUUUUACGUUUAGCGUAUCGACUCAAUCUUGGCACGAAGCAAGCGUUGAUGGUAUUCGGGACACGUCGGUGGAAAAGCUAAAAGUUUUUGUCGAUGAUUAUCAGAUUGGAUGCCUUGUUACAUGGGAUUUUGACUAUGAGAGGCGUGAAGUGCCAGUACCAAUGUUGUAUUUCAUGGACUUUACUAAUCAUUUUGAAACCUAAGCUUCAAAUCGAAUAUUUUGCUAUUCUAUUUUUAAAAUGUAUUAUCUUUAAAUUUUGUUUAAAUGUUUUGUUUCAAAUUCAAUUAAAAAAAUUAAAAAAAGAAAAUUAUUCAUUCAUUCAUUUCAACCCAAUUGAAGGAGACUCCUCUAGAUGGCACCACGGCUGCUUCGAUAAUCGAUUAUCUUUAUCGAUUCAAAGUUGUAUAUUUUCGCAUUUUUGUGCGUCGAAUUUUUAUUUAGUGAAACCAAAUGUUAAUGAACGAUUUGAAUCUGUGAAA